ACUGUAAAAUUGUGAAUUGCAAAGGAGCAAACAGAAGCUUGUUCCUUUAAAAAGCACAUCUGAAGAGUUAUCUUUGACCUCACUGCUUCCACAUAAAAACUGCUGCAAAGUAGCAUCAAGCUCUUGAGUAAAUAGGAUAUGUAAGGGAGGCUGUUUGAAGAAAGCCACAGCUCUCCCAGCUUUUACCUUCACCAGUGUGCAAUAUUAACACCGAUGGAAGGGAUUUUUAACAACAGCAAAGAUGAUCCCUUGAGAAGAGAGAUACAAAAGUACCAUCGGAUGUAACUUAAUGUUUGAAAACAAAUGUUUUAAAAACUCUCAAGGAAACCUGUCUCAGUGACAAGGUGUAUGUGUGUGUGUGCAUAUUUACAAGUCCUCACGUCCAGCUUAUGAAGGAGUUUUUGUCCAGCUCUGAAGAGAAUAACUUUUUAGUUUCUCUAAUUUUGGCACCUUGAAGAAUUCCCUGCAGCUGCCCGGCUCCGAGUUUAUUGCUAACAAGACACAUAGCAGAGCAGCGGUGAAAUUUGGAAACCUGUUCUUCGUGAUGUGAACGUGAAAAGUGGCCAAACACUCUAUUCCCUUUUUUUCUUUCCUUCUUGGAUGGAGUUACAAACACUUUUCAUCCUGUGAACUACCGCCUAUGACGGGAUAUUUAAUAGCAGCCUGCAAGGGAGGUGAAAACAGCGAGACCAGGCGGUGUUUGGCCCGGACCAACUCUUAGUAACCUCCAGCUGCUGGAGGUUCAUGCAGGCUCCUCCACACACGUCCGCUGGAGGGACUUUGCAGCAGCCACCUGCCAGCGCGCUGCCUCCCGAGCCUCCCAAACCCGAACCUAAAAAGCAACGAGAAGUUUCCCGAGGUGGGUUCCGCUCCCCGGCAGCCACGGCGGGGGGCUUGCGGCUGCGAUUAAGAAGCUAAACCGGGGAAGAAAAGCCAAGCCCCCUUCCUCUGCUCCCCCCUCCACGCCCUGCGCUCCGUCCCCGAGCCGGCGGCCUCCCAUCGCGGCGAGGCGCGGAGGCUCCGCCGCCCCCCGGGGCGGGCCCGGGAGCAUCUGGAGCGGCUCGGGGGCGUUGGGGGGGCUUCGGAGCCGCCUCCUCCAGCGGCGGAGCGGCGCGGAGCGGAGAGGAGGCGGCGGCGCCGUCCUCUUCCUUGCCUCCCUCCUCUGCCUCCUCCCCUCCAGCCCUGCCCGGAGCUCGCAGGGAGGGGGGAGAGGAGCCGGGGGGGGGCUUCGCCUCCUCCUUCAGCCCGAGGAAACUUUGGCCGGGGGGAACGGGGGAGGAUGGAGGCCGGGGAGCCCCUCAACCGGUCGCAGGCUGGGGCAGAGCCUCCCCGCGGGGACUUGAACCUCUCCGGGCUGCCGGAGGCGGGGGGGAAGCCCCUCUUCGGCAUCGGCAUCGAGAACUUCAUCACCUUGAUCGUCUUCGGCUUGAUCUUCGCCCUGGGGGUGCUGGGCAACUCGCUGGUGAUCACAGUGUUGGCUCGGAGCAAGCCGGGCAAGCGGCGCAGCACCACCAACAUCUUCAUCCUCAACCUGAGCAUCGCCGACCUGGCCUACCUGCUCUUCUGCAUCCCCUUCCAGUCCACGGUCUACGUGCUGCCCACCUGGGUGCUGGGCGCCUUCAUCUGCAAGUUCAUCCACUACUUCUUCACCGUCUCCAUGCUGGUGAGCAUCUUCACGCUCUCGGCCAUGUCGGUGGACCGCUACGUGGCCAUCGUUCACUCCCGCCGCUCCUCAACCUUGCGUGUCUCCCGCAACGCGCUGCUGGGUGUUGGGCUCAUCUGGGCGGCCUCCUUUGCCAUGGCCUCACCCGUGGCUCACCACCAGCGCCUCUUCCACCGUGAGGACAGCAACCAGACCUUUUGCUGGGAGCAGUGGCCCAACCCACGCCACAAGAAGGUCUACGUGGUCUGCACAUUUGUCUUUGGCUAUCUACUCCCGCUGCUGCUCAUCUCGUUCUGCUAUGCCAAGGUCCUUAACCAUCUGCAUAAAAAGUUGAGAAACAUGUCAAAGAAGUCAGAAGCAUCCAAGAAAAAGACAGCACAGACUGUGUUGGUGGUGGUAGUGGUUUUUGGCAUCUCCUGGCUGCCGCAUCACGUGAUUCAUCUCUGGGCUGAAUUUGGAGUUUUCCCACUGACUCAAGCUUCAUUUCUCUUCAGGGUAGCUGCACACUGUCUGGCUUACAGCAAUUCUUCUGUGAACCCGAUUAUAUAUGCAUUUCUCUCUGAAAAUUUUAGGAAGGCCUACAAACAAGUAUUCAAGUGCCAGAUAGGUAAUGAAUCACCUCUGAAUGAUGCUAAAGAAAAUAAGAGCCAGAUAGAUACACCACCAACUACCAACUGUACACACGUGUGAGCUUCAGAAAGUCCUGUACGUUGGCUCUUCAGCUGUGUGAACAAGACUUCUAGAAAACAAAGCACAAUGAGCUUUAUCCUAGCUUUUUCUUAAUAAAGCUAAUUGCUAAUAAGCUAUUCAAUGUACUGAAAUUGCAUUUGUAGCAAACUUUCAUGAAACUGGUAUGAAAGAACACUGAGCUGGUCCUUUGUAUCUUAGCUUUGCCAAAUAAAGCUCCUGGACCUUUCAAAGAUACUUCAGGAAAAAAAAAAAAAUGGUGAUAUGUCUGCAUUCUUAUUCAUUAAGCAUAAGUUCUAUAAACAUGCAUGUAUAUAUACAAGGAUACGUUGGAAAUGUCACUGAACUUUCCGACAUCUUACUCUGUAGAAGUGAAGAGAUGGCUGAAUUUUUUGACUUAGAGAUAAUAAAUACUGUGGUACUAUGGUUUCAGAGAGGAAAACUUUCAUUAUCUCCAUCAGAUUGUUUUGACAAUGCUUUUUCUCUUUUCAAAAUAAAGAUGUCCUAUGAUGCUGAGUUGAAAUAACCCAUGUACAACUUGAAGCAACUGCUUUAGAGGCAAAUCUGAUUUUAUCUGUUCAGCUGUCUUUUUAAUGUAAAACACUGAGUGACGAUGGACUUUUUACUACUUUGUAUGCCUACCUUACUGCAUACACAGAACUUUUGUGUACGCUAUAUAAGGUUUUGUUUAUGACCUGUAUGUAGUUGUACCAAAAUGAGGAUUUGUCUGAGGGAAGUUUUUCUAUAGUUUUUGCAUGUGUGUAUAUGUGUGUGUGCAUAUUUUAACUUUAUAGACUUUGAGAUGGAGGUACAGUUUUAAAUGUGCAAUAUCUGUAUUAAUUUUAAAAUGUUAUGUUCCAUAAAGAAAUUCCAAGCAAUGUUUAAGUGUUUUAAAAGAGCAAUCCAUUAAAAGUUCUAAGAGGGGUUUGAUAUCAUGAUACUCUAAAAUGGACAAUUUCAGAAGGAUGUAUUAAAAUCAGUACAAAGUGUAUAAGGUAAAUGGCAGAAUUCUGAAAAUUCUUAACACAAGUGAUUUCAGCAAUUUUAUAAAUGUUCUUAAUAUGUCCUUAAGCAGUAAACCUCUGGAGAAAUAGUGGAAGAGUACUCAGUCCUUUGAGAACAUUGUUAUUAGCUGGACUAUGAUGUGAUUUACCAUUUAUAUUAAUGACCCAUGGAAUCAUAGAAUAAAUCAAAUUGAAAGAACCUCUGGACAUCCUCUCAGGCAGGGCUGCCUGCAGAUCUGGAUCACUUCCUUAUCUAGGCACAUUUUGUAAAUUUCCAAGGAUGGCAAUUCAACAACUUUUGGUCAACAUGUUACUGCCUCAUCACAUGCAGCUGAGAUUUCCCAUGAUGUAACUUGUGACCAUUGCUUUCUGUCCUUUGUGCAAUCCAGAAGAGUCUUCUCUCUAACCAAUCUCUAUGUAAUCGAAGAUGGCAAUUAAAUUUCUUCCCAGCCUUCUCAUCACCAACCUGAAAAAAUAAGGCUCUCUGUAUUUCAUCUGUUGUGCUCCAGCCCCCUGGCCUUCUACUGUGCUUGCUCCAGCCCAGCCAUCCCUCUCACAUACUGGGGUGUUUGAAAUGGGACAGCAUGUUACAGGUGUGGUCUCACCAGCACUGAGUAGAGGGGACUAAUCACUUCCCUAGACCCUGUGUUUUUCUGCAGAAUUACAUUCAGUCAACCCAAGUCCAAGUUUCAGGAAUCUGGAUUUGGCUUUGUUGAACUUUAUACAUUUGAUGACAACUGUCCUGUUCCUCUGGCUUAUUGAGGCCCCUCUGGAAGGAAGCCUUGACUUUCAGUGUAUCUAGCAAUUGCCCAAGUUUGGUGUCAUCUGCAAAUUUUCUGAGUGUUUCCUUCCCCCUCUUCAGGUUUUUGAUGAAGAUGUUAAAUAUUGUUGGCAAGAUACUCGUCAGAUUCUUUUUUCUCCACAAACUUGCUUUAAAAAAAAAAAAAAAAAAAGUUUGGAGUUGUGAAAGAUAACUAUAGGAGACUCUCUCCAUAUCAGUUAUGGAGGGUUAGCUGACAUGAAAAUGUCUAUGCUUACAUGCAAGUCUUUUCUGCUUGGAACUAGUAAAAUAUAUUGAAGAUGUUGAAUUAAAAAUGAUGGAAUAAUACUGCAUGCAUGAUUGUGUCAAUUCCUUCAUAUAAAGAAACAGUAUGAUAUUAUUGCUAGGAACACAAAAUAUAUGAAAAAAAAAAUGGAGUAGAAGGGCUUAUCUGUGCAGCAGGACAUUUUCUGGGUUAAGUCUGAGGUUAGGAAACACAGUCUAGCACAAUUUUGCAGUUCCUUUGAGCUUUCAGAUUUUUCAUGCCCUAAUCAGAUUCUUAAAUCACUAUCAGACUUCAGAUGAGUUUAUAACAUAUUAGGUGAUCCCACAGCUUUGAAAAUUGUAUGUUAUUUCCUUUUAAAAUUUUGCUUUUUUUUUUUCUUUUAUUUUAAAUAAAAAAAAAUACAAUGUAAAUAUAAAAAUCAUAUAAAGUUAACAUCGUGAGUUUAUGAUUUCAUCUGGAAAAGUCUUUUUCUUAGUUCUAAAUAAUGUUAAACACAAUUGCUUGAUAGUCAGCAAUGGGACUUCAUCUGUUUGAAAUUUUGAGGUUGAGGGAGUGGGGAAGGCCAGCAGUAAGAGGUACUUUUGAAGCCCUGCCUGAUUCCUGGUGAGUGUCAGUAAAACUUCCACCUCUCUUCUCAGAGAAACCUUAACAAGCACCUGCCACUCAAAAACUCGGUUUCUUGACUAAAGCACACUCCUUUUUAAUCAGUGUCUCUACCAUGGCUUUGAUGUAUUCAGCUGUGACCCAGAGGAUGUUAAUGUAAAAACGAUGUUAAUGUAUGCUGUGAACUGUGUCUAACCCUUGAGUAGCAGGGGUUUGUGCCAGAAAUAUGGUUAAUUUGGGCAGAAAAUCAGCAAAUGGGCACUAAUUAUCCCUGACUAAAUGCCUGCUUUUAAGUUCUGAGCUUGCUGACUGGUUAUUGUUUCUUGUGGAGAGCAAAGUAAGUUUACCACACUUAUUCGUCUAAUAUGCUUUGUUACAUGUUUGUAACCAGAAACACUAAUCACAGUGU